AUGGGCCGAUAUCGCCCUCCUGAUGCGGACCCUCGCGUCGACCCUUUCAAUGCACCGUCCAAGCGCACCCGCCCCUCCUCCUCCUCCUCGUCCUCGGGGCUCACCGUCCGCUUCGAGCUCCCCUUUCCCGUGUGGUGCUCCUCCUGCUCCGGUCUCCUAAUCCAGGGUACGAGGUAUAAUGCCAAGAAGACAAGGGUGGGAGAUUAUUACACGACGCCCGUUUGGGCAUUUCGAUUUAGGUGUAGACACUGCGCUAGGGGAGAGGUGGAGAUACGGACCGAUCCGCAGAAUACGCGGUACGUUGUUCAUGAAGGGGGGAAAAGGAAGGUGGAAGAGUGGGAGCCAGAAGAGGGGGAUCAGAGCAUGGGCAGC